CCAUUUUUUGCUUUUUUCGAGUUUUACUUGUGGAUUGUGAUUUCUUCUUUUUGAAUUUAGAAUUAGAUAAUUUAGGAGUUUACCCGUUACACCGUUGUAGAGCUCUAAACUCUCGCUUUCUUCCUUAUAUCAUGGAUUCCGACAAUGAAUCUGAAAUUUCCAUCAACUCCAGUUCCACGGCCGAAGACAAGGACGACGUACAGUCACUGCAGUGGCCGACGAAAGCCAGCGUCGAUCAGAUCGCGCUGGACCCAAAAAAUCAGUCUGAAUUCGAGAAAUUCGUCAAGAAGAAGCACGAACAGAUAAAACGUGAUCAGGAAACCCAGCCGGGAGUGAUCUAUCUGGGUCAUGUGCCCUACGGAUUCGCUGAGGAGCCGCUACGCAAGUUCUUCUCACAGUUCGGCAAGAUCACCCGACUGAAGUUGUCGCGGAGUAAAAAGACUGGUCAGAGUAAAGGCUAUGGAUUUAUUGAAUUUGAACACGGUGAAGUGGCCAAAAUUGCCGCGGAUUCGAUGAAUAAUUACCUGAUGUAUGAAAAAUUAUUCAAAUGUAAGUACAUUCCUCCGGAGAAAGUUCACAAAGACACCUUUAAGCACUGCCAUCGCCGGUUUCGACUGCCGCGGAAUAACGCUCGUGCCCGUUACGAGCACAAUCGCAACAUUACCGACGAACAGCACAGCAAGCGAAUGGCGCGGCUGGAGAAAAAGCUGAAGAAGAAACAGGGGCGAUUGGCCAAGAUGGGACUUAGCUACGACAUGCCGAUCUCUUUACAACCCCCACCACCUUCGUAGCACAGCUGCCCGUUUGCAGUAAACCGUAAAUCUUAAAAAUGUCUUAUUUUCUGCAACGGUUAACGGACGACACCCAGUUCGAGCUCUAUUAGGCGUAUCUUUUCCUCGAUAGUGGCAUAGUACUUCAUUUGAGACAAGAGACGCUGCGCGUCUUCAAGUUGGUUGGUCUGAAAAGCGCUGCUAACGUCGUUGAUUAAAGCGGAGAGUUUGG